GUGAAGCUUUUUCUCUGCUUUUGUCUUUGCCUCCUGGAUGUUUCCUCUGCAGCUGAACAGGCUGGCAGGCAGCCUGCGAUGGGACCCUGCUCAGCAGACCCCCACCUCUGCUGGGCCUCCUGGCUCCUGGGAUUCACCAGCCUCCUCCUCAGUGUCUGCAGCACUGGGGUCAAGAGUUCUGGAGCACAUGGUUCUGGAGUUCAGGAUUCUGUAGUCCACGGUCCUCUGAAGGAGAUCCGAGGAGGUUCUGUGUUGUUUCGUGUGAUCAAGGAGCCAGAAACCAAGCUGGAGGAGAUCUCGUGGGGCUUUGGCCCUGGCUUAAAAUACAGAGUCAUGCUGCGAGUCCAUAGCGGGGCAGAAGAGGCUCCAACCUGGGUCAGCCUCCAGGCCAAGUACAAGCAGAGGGUCCAUGUGCCUAACAUAACAUCCCUGAGGAUUGAGAACUUGACCCGUGAGGACAGUGGGCCCUACCGGGCUCGAGCCAGCUUAACUGGAGGACUGGAGUCUAGCCAGAUUUUCCACCUCAUUGUCUACGAGCCAGUGCCCCAUCCCCAGAUCCUGGUCCAGUCACAGUCCAUCACAGCAGGCUGGUGCAACGUCACCCUGGAGUGCAGGGCUGUGCAGGUCACAGAGGACCUGAAGGUGACCUGGGAGAGCAAGGGCCUCCCCAGGGAGCUGGAACAGACAGGGACACCAGGACUAGCACCUAACUCCUGGAUCCUGACUGUGAGCCUGCCUCUGAGCCAGCCCAGUGCCAGCCUCACCUGUGUGGUCAGCAACUCCGAGGACAAGAAAACUGUCACCUCCGCUGUUGGGGAGGUCUGUGCCCAUGCCUGGAACACCUUGAGGGCAGGGGCCAUGUCUUGUUCUACUCUGAAUACCUGUGCCAAGCACAGCUUCUGGCACAGUUUGUUCACGGUGUUCCAGUGA